AUGGAAACCCACUUCUUUGGGGUUGGUCGAUUAGCUAGUUCCAAGGAAUACAUGGACGACGAGCAGCCGUUUGGCCCCCGCCCGUUUUGGCCCCAUCCCCAGGGCAUGGUCCCAUUCUGCACCCCUGGCAGUUGGAUGCUUUCCUCUGCCCCAUGCUUCACGAUAAGCUCCUUCGCGUCAUCUCCGUUGCCGUGGGACUCGGGCCAAUGCCCUGAAGUCUUUAUCGACAACGCGGCCGUCGACAGAUUUUCCAACAAUAUGGCUUUGGAGCGUCUGUUGCCCACACCUGCCGACUCCGACUUUCAACAGGCCGUGGAGAUCCCUAAGCUCGCGCCGAGUGCUGCUUCAAUUGAUGACAAAGAGGAUAAAGAGCCAAGACACGUCCACAGCUCGCGCAGCACGAAGCAGCAGCGAGAACUCGCCUCGUUACGAAAACCCACCGGCUUGAAGCCGCCCAAAGUAAAGAAGCGUGCGCGGAAAUCAAAGGCCACGCCGCAGAAGGGCGGCAAAGGCGGUCACAGGGGUGCAACGGCUUCUGAGGACGAGAUCUGUCGAAAGCGUCUUGAAAGAAACCGCCUUGCGGCCGAAAGGUGCCGCCACCGCAAGCGGGAUGAGGCGCAGGCCUUGGCCGCGAAGGAGGAAGCUCUGGAGAGCCAGAGCCGACACCUUUUCUCUUGCUUCCACAUGCUGAAGGAGGAGGUGCUUCGUCUGAGAACAGAGCUGUUGCAGCAUACAAACUGCGACUGCGUGCUUAUCCGGGAGUACAUUGCGAGGGAAGCACAAAGGACCGUCGACGGCCUGGCUCCGCACAGCUCGACUCCAGCCAUCCACCAUGGGAAGGCAAGGGGGGAACAAGUCACGGAGAAGGCAGGGAGUGUAAUGGGAGCCCAGUCGACAUUUCAGAUUCCAUCAGAGACAUGUCACCAAAACGGUAUUGCCGAGCUGCUAGUGGAGCAGUACUUUGAGCACGACACGGCCCGGGAACCGAUCCAAGCUCUGCUGUGA